UAUACAGGAAAUGUAGACAUAUUCCAAAAGCAGACAGAUAUUUUAGCUUUUAUUUCUCCUAUUUAAGAUAAUUUAAACGGACGAGGUUAUGCAAACGUGGAGUCUCGUAUCACUUUGUGUGUUGCUCGGUCUUGCUGCAAGAUGGGGCGUUUCGUUAAACUCAUAUUCAGGGGCGGGGAAAACUCCCAUGUUUGGCGACUACGAGGCUCAAAGGCACUGGCAAGAAGUGACAUACAACCUCCCUGUGCAGGAAUGGUACUUCAACACCACUAAGAAUGACUUGAACUACUGGGGUCUUGACUACCCUCCUCUGACUGCCUACCACAGCCUGAUCUGUGCUUUUGUAGCUAAGACGAUAAACCCUGAGUGGGUGGAGCUUCACAAAUCCAGAGGUUAUGAAAGUCCAGCGCACAAGUUGUUCAUGAGAGCUACAGUUCUGGUGGCAGAUUUGUUGAUAUACAUCCCUGCUGUGGUUUUAUACUGUUUGUAUCUGACUGAGGGAUCCUCUAAGAAAAAGGUUUCCACUCUGCUCUGCUUCCUUUUAUACCCUGGCCUCAUUCUUGUUGACUAUGGCCAUUUCCAGUAUCCUUUAUGUACAAGUGCAUUUCUAUUAUUUAUUUACUCUGAUAUCAUUAUUGUAAUUUGCCUGUUACCAUCUCUUAAGGUCAGUAUUUCACUGACUUUGGUCCUAAUCCUAAUAGAUUACAUUAAAAAAUGUAUAUUAUAUAAGUUAUAUUGUCUUGUAUCCUUUAAAGCACAUACAAUAGUGAGGGUUUAAAUAUUGUUAAGUACGUGAAAAAUAGAAUUGAAGACAUUUUUAGCAGAAUAUAAUCGUUAACCGAAUCAGGUACAAUGGAGUGAGUCUGGGUUUUGCCCUGUGGGGGGUUCUGGCUCUGGGUCUGGGCUGGGAUGCUUUGGGCUCCGUGGCUUUUUGCCUGG